UUUCCCUUUUAACCAGUCUUUAGUCAUUAUUUUGGCAGAAAUUUCUCCUCUAACCAUAAAAAUGUGACUCAUCAAGGAUAGCUGCUUCCCCAAACUUGACUGCCCACACUUCCUGUUAGCAUUUGCUCUCAUAUCUGAUCAGCAUAAAUUUUUCCUACAGACAGUGGGUCCUUUCAGAGCUGUGAGUUUAUGUCACCUGCAAAACAGCAGUAAAAACCGGAGGGGGUGAAUGGGCUCAGAACAAAGAUAGACACUGAACAGAUGAUUGGGAUGCUCACGAGUGCACAUUUGAAUAUGACUCGCUCAUUUGCCUUCAGUAGUUGAUAACUUGGUCUGUGAUUGGGCCGAGUGCCACCACAUAUCCUGCAAAUGCAAACUCAAGCAAAUAUUUUAGGAGAACUGACGGCUCCAGCUAUCAGAGAGGAUCAGCUGGUGGAUAUUCCCGGGAUCUUAUAGGAACAAAUAACUGAUAACCUUAAAGUUCCUGGUGAAGAUUUGUGGAUCUAAAAACAUGGAGGUCACGUUUAAAGCCGUCACUCACAAUCCUGGGAUUAUAAUCUGGAGAGUUGAGAAAAUGGAGUUGGUUCUGAUUCCUGAAAAGACCUAUGGAAACUUUUUUGAGGGCGACUGCUAUGUGCUGCUAUUUACUCAGAAGGUGAAGAACGCCUUGAGUUACGAUAUCCACUACUGGAUUGGCUCUGAGUCCUCUCAGGAUGAACAAGGAGCGGCUGCGGUUUAUUCUGUGCAGCUCGAUGAUUAUUUAGGCUCCAGUCCAAUCCAGCACCGUGAGGUUCAGAAUCACGAGUCGGACACUUUCAAAGGCUACUUCAAACAUGGAAUCAUAUAUAAGAAAGGUGGAGUGGCAACAGGGAUGAGACACGUUGAAACCAAUACUUAUGAUGUCAAGAGACUGCUCCAUGUUAAAGGAAAAAAAAGAGUCAUCGCCAGGGAGGUGGAACUGAGCUGGAAGAGCUUCAACCUUGGUGAUGUGUUUCUGUUGGACACCGGCAAGACCAUCGUUCAGUGGAACGGACCCAAAAGUCACAAACAGGAAAGACUCAAAGGUCUUCUGCUGGCCAAAGACAUCCGAGACAGAGAGCGCGGAGGCCGGGCGGAGGUCAGGUCGGUUGAGGGCGACGCGGAGAAACAAU